GUGAAAUCCCUUAUCCCCACUCAGCUCUCCCCUUUUCCACUGCAAAUACAAAAAUUAAAAUUAAAGCAAAGCAAAUUACUAGUGGUUGGUUAUCUCUGCAGUAGGGUUUUCAACUUUAAAAAAAUCCCCCCCUUUUCUUCUUCGGAAUCCCACCUCUCCGCCGGUUCGUCGCCGUAAUUACUCGCGUUUUCCGCCGUCGUUCGACCGGUUGUCCGGAUCUCGGGUUUCGCAUUUUUUUGAAUUUUUUUUGAGCGGUUGAGUUGGCGGGAGAUGGCGCUGGUCGAGGAGGAGAAGAAGGUGGAGGAGGUCAAGGGCGGGGAGCUACUCUUCUGCGGUACGACGGCGUGGGAUGCAAUGGGACGCCGGAGGACCUCGCCGGAGGAAAAUUUGGUCUCUCCGACGAGGCUGCGCCCGCUUAUGGGGGUGGAAAUUCGCUCUGUUGCUGCUGGAUGCGUGUCUUGCCAUUGUGUGGCAUUGGAUGUACAAGGGCGCUGUUACACGUGGGGGCGCAAUGACAAAGGGCAGCUUGGUCAUGGGGAUAAAGUUCAGCGAGAUAGGCCGACUAUUGUUUCAGAAUUGUCCCAGCAUAAAAUUGUUAAAGCGGCGGCUGGAAGGAGUCAUUCAGUGGUAGUGACUGAAGAUGGGAUCUCUCUUGCCUUUGGUUGGAAUAAGCAUGGGCAGCUCGGUUCAGGUUCAGCAAAAACUGAAAUUGAAUCUUCUCCCAUUCGUUGUCAAGUAUCUGAAGUCAAAACUGCCGUUUGUGGAGGUGAUUUUACAGUGUGGUUGACUUCUGUUGAAGGAUCUUCUAUAAUAACUGCUGGUCUUCCACAAUAUGGUCAACUUGGACAUGGUACCGACAAUGAGUAUAAUACCAAAGACAGCUCAGUGAGGCUUGCUUAUGAAGCCCAACCUCGCCCCAAGGCUAUAGCCGCUCUUGCUGGAGAGACGAUAGUAAAAGUUGCUUGUGGAACUAAUCAUACAGUGGCAGUUGAUAAGAAUGGAUUUGUUUACACAUGGGGCUAUGGUGGUUAUGGAAGGCUUGGGCACAGAGAACAGAAGGAUGAAUUUUCACCGCGCCGUGUAGAUGUUUUCACAAGGCACAAUGUGUUGCCUGCGGAUGCUGUUGUUUCUGCCGGUUCUGCCAAUUGUGCAUGUACAGCUGGAGGUGGACAGCUUUACAUGUGGGGCAAAAUAAAGACCAGUGGGGAUGAUUGGAUGUACCCGAAGCCUUUGAUGGAUUUGAGUGGCUGGAAUAUACGUUGCAUGGAUUCGGGAAACAUGCACCACUUUGUAGGUGCUGAUUCUUCAUGCAUAAGCUGGGGCCAUGCACAAUCUGGGGAGCUUGGAUACGGACCGCAUGGCCAAAAAUCUUCUGCAGUCCCUAAAAAAGUGGACAUCCUUGAGGGAAUGCAUGUCAUAAGUGCUGCCUGUGGACUUGCGCAUUCCUUGGUGGUUGUUGAUCGAGCCAAUAUUGCUGAUCGGCUUGAGCAGCUUGAAGUACAUGACGGCAAAGCCGCUGUUGAAGUAACGGAAGAACCUGAUGACGAAACCGUGGCUGAAAAAGCUCCGAAAAAGGGUCCAGCCAAAAAAUCUCAAACCUCGAAUAAGAGGAAGAAUAACUCAGAAAGUUCGUCAGAGGAUGAAAACAACAGCGAGUACGAAAGUGAAAACAGUGACGAAAUAUCCAACGGUCAAUCAAAACAGGGAAGAGGCGGUGGGAGAUCUUCCGGUAGAGGAAGAGGCAAAAGUGCAGCCCCUGCGAAAAAAGGCACCGGUCGUGGGAGGGGGCGGCCCCCAUCAGAGCCGAAAGCCACAAAGAGUAGUGAAGGAAAAGGUACGGGUAAGAGGGGAAGACCUAGGAAGUCAUGAGCCUCGGUGUCCGUAUUUAUUUAUUGUAUUAUUAACGGUGCCGCUAUAAUGUAGUACUUUCGUUUUAAUUUCCUUCUCCGAUUUUCUUCGAUGCAUUUGAUUUUGAGUUAAGUUAACCUUUUUAUGUGGGAGAAGGGCGAAGAUUCUAGAAGUUCCCGUGUAUUUCGACUUUUUUCUUUUUUGGGUAAGAAAGAAGGAAAGAUAGAGAUAGAAGAAUGGAAAAGAUUAAUGAUCUCUAGUAGUGUUUGUUUUAAUUGUAAUUUGCUCUUUAUUUUUAUCUGAACCUUGUAUUAAUUUUAAGAGUACUUGCUGAUCAU